GAAGGACAGAGGGUGAAUGCUUUCUUCGAACGCUCUCUCUCUCUCUCUCUACCAAUCUUCUGACUUCCUCUCGACUGUACAAGUGGAAGCUCUUGCUCUAUACAUAACCUCAUUUAUAAGCAAUAAUUAGGGAUCUGAUUCUACUUCACUCAUUUCUAAGCAGCGAUUAGGGAUCUGCUAUCACUGUUUCCUUGGAUUCUUCGUGCUCCAAGUUUCCGAUUGAUCCUCUUGGUGCUUCUGAAUCUGGUUCUGAUUCGUUGUGUCUGGUUCUUCAACAUGGGGGGUUUUGUCUGUUUAGAUCUGCUGAUGGAAAUCGAAGUUCACUGUUGGAAAUGGAUCUUGAGUAGCUAGGGCUGAUGUGUGUAGAAGAUGAUCGCACUUGUUCCGGAACUACAAGUCUGUCUGGAAACGGCUUAAAUAUGUAAUAAAGUAGCAUGCUUUGGCAACCAUACUUGGAAUUCUCAAUCUCCAGCUGCAUCUCUGUGUUUGUCAACUUCAGUGGGAUCAAAGAUGGGUGCCUAUAUAAGCAUUUUAUUUUCAUGUAUGGACCUGACUGGGGUCUGACCAAGGAUGGUUUUUGAAGUGGUUAAACGAAUAGUUACUUUGUAGUCUGGAACUAGGUCUUUUAAGAUUUAUAGCGUGUCCCUUUUACCGGGAUAGUUAUGCCUUCUUGGUGGGGGAAGUCUUCAUCCAAAGAUGAAAAGAAGAAAGCAAACAAGGAGAGUUUCAUCGAUACGCUGCAUCGGAAAUUUAGGGCCCAAACUAUAUCAAUAGCAUCUGAAGAGAGGUCUAGUGGCCGGUCAAGAGGGUCGCGUAGACGCUGUGACGGCAUUGUUUCUGAACGGGGAGCUAUAUCCCGAGUGCCAUCAAGAUCUCCAUCUCCUUCUACUCAAGUAUCGCGUUGUCAGAGUUUUGCAGAAAGGUCUCAUGCCUUACCUCUUCCGCUCCCUACCGUUCGUCCUCCUAUUACAAGUCGCACUGAUUCGGGAAUUAAUGCAUCGAAAGGACGGGGAUUAGAUAGAGGUUCUCAGCCAUCGUUUUUGCCACUCCCGAAGCCCCAGAGUGCUACAAGCAGGGUGGGGGAUAGUACAGGUAUUGAGGCUGACCUUGCCACUGCUUCUGUCUCAAGUGGUAGUUCUGUGGGUGACAACCCAUCUGACUCACUUCUCAGUCCCUUGGCUUCUGAUUGUGAAAAUGGGAUUGGGAACAGAGCUGCUGUUGGCAACUCUUCCAAGGACCAAUCUCCACGUGGUCAUAAAUACUCAACCGAGCUGCUAACGCCAGUCCCUGAUUUAAGCAAUAAAGCUCAGAUUCUAUCGACAUCUCCUAAGCGGAGACCUCUUGGCAGCCAUGUGCAGAAUCUACAAACUCCUCAAAGAGAUAUUCUCUUCAGUGCUCCAGACAGCUUGUUGUCUAGCCCUUCUAGGAGUCCGAUGAGUUCAUUUGUUCCAGAACAAGUCUCAAACCAUGGAUUGUCAUUUGGAAAACCAUAUUCAGAUGUUUCCUUGCUUGGGUCUGGGCAAUGCUCAAGCCCAGGUUCAGGUUACAACUCCGGUAAUAAUUCCAUCGGUGGAGAUAUGUCUGGUCAGCUGUUUUGGCUUCAGAGCAGGUGUAGCCCUGAAUGUUCCCCUGUUCCUAGUCCAAGAAUGACAAGCCCUGGUCCUAGUUCGAGAAUACAGAGCGGUGCUGUUACCCCUCUUCAUCCACGAGCUGGAGGAUCAACCACUGGGUCUCCGACUAGACGACUUGAUGAUAGCAAACAGCAAAGUCAUCGCCUCCCUCUCCCCCCAUUAACAAUCUCAAAUACUUGCCCAUUUUCUCCCACUUAUUCGGCGGCCACUUCUCCGUCGGUCCCUCGAAGUCCUGCAAGGGCAGAGGCUAUGGUGAGCCCUGGAUCUCGGUGGAAAAAAGGGCGUUUACUUGGGAGGGGCAGUUUUGGACAUGUGUAUCUUGGUUUUAACAGUGAAAGUGGUGAGAUGUGUGCAAUGAAAGAAGUUACUCUAUGUCCCGAUGAUCCAAAAUCAAAGGAGUGUGCACAGCAGCUGGGGCAAGAGAUUGCACUUUUAAGCCGCUUGAGACAUCCUAACAUAGUACAGUACUAUGGCUCUGAAACCAUAGAUGACAAGCUGUAUAUAUAUCUGGAGUUUGUCUCUGGUGGUUCGAUCUAUAAGCUUCUUCAAGAAUAUGGACAAUUUGGCGAGAAUGCAAUCCGUAACUACACGCACCAAAUUUUGUCAGGGCUUGCUUAUUUGCACGGGAAAAAAACUGUACAUAGAGAUAUCAAAGGAGCAAAUAUAUUGGUGGAUCCCCAUGGACGGGUGAAGUUGGCAGAUUUUGGAAUGGCAAAGCAUAUCACUGCCCAGUCCGGUCCUUUAUCAUUCAAGGGGAGCCCCUACUGGAUGGCACCCGAGGUUAUAAAGAACUCGAGUGGCAGUAACCUCGCAGUCGAUAUAUGGAGUCUUGGAUGUACUGUUCUGGAAAUGGCUACGACAAAACCACCAUGGAGCCAGUACGAAGGGGUUCCGGCUAUGUUCAAGAUCGGGAACAGCAAGGAGCUUCCAGAUAUCCCGGAUCAUUUAUCGGAGGAGGGGAAGGACUUUGUGAGGCAAUGCCUGCAGAGGAAUCCGGCUAAUCGUCCUAUGGCAACUGAACUAUUAGAUCACCCAUUUGUAAAAAAUGCCGGACAGCCGUUGGAAAGGCCUAUUACGACUGCUGAUCCUGUGGAAACCAUGCCCGUGGCAUCAAAUUCUAUGAGAUCACAGGAUAUAGCGGGCACGAGAAGUCUUCCAGGCUUGGACUCGGAAGACGCAACAAAUCUCCAACCCAAAGGAUUAAGACCUGGUUCAGCAUUUAGUGCAUCCCAUUCGCCCAGAAACAUGUCGUGCCCGAUUUCGCCGAUCGGGAGUCCAAUCCUUCAUGCACGUUCUCCGCAACAUAUAAGCGGGAGAAUGUCACCGUCCCCAAUAUCUAGCCCGCACUGUGUCUCCGGUUCAUCGACUCCUCUAACAGGAUGCAGCGGAUCCAUCCCAUACCAAAUUCAGACGGCAACUAACUUCCUGCAGGAUGGGAUAGGAUCCAGCAGAAGCUUCUAUGGAAACAGUAACAACAUUUUUCAAGAGGCAAGGCACGAUAUCUCCCGGAGUAGUCCGAGCCCGAGGACGCCGCCUCACGUGUUUUGGGAGAACAAGAACAACGGUUCCAUCCAAACCAGAAGCUAUGGCGGGUGGAAUCUGAAGGAUGGUCAGCCAGUUCUGUCGGAACACGUGUCCCAACAGCUCCUAAAAGCAUGUAGAGUUUGCAGCCAAAGUUGGAUGUUUUUAGGGACCAACAACCUGAAGAUGGGUCGGGAUCUGAGCAUAUGUCGGAAAGAGGAAGAAAAGGAUGUACAUUAUGCAAUCACUUUGAAAUCCUGGAGAAUGGGAGCAGAGAAAUGUUUUUUUUUUUAUGUGUACAGAGUUGUGGGGGGUUGAGCCAUGAACAUGAUGAGCAAAAGCUCAAUCUAAAGGGUCAAAUCCCAUGUAUUCUUCACUGUAUACCCACUUCAUAUUUAUUUUAAAAAAAAUGUAUUUCAACGGUCUUUGUCUUUUGGCUGGGUUUUUCA